AAUGCUGAGGGUUUUGGUAUUCACAAGACAACUAGAAAUGUUCCCUACAUUAUUAGUCCUGCUCUCAGCGGCAACUUUCGGUUGCGCAUUGCACUUGCCGAUUGGACCUGAAUUUCUAUUGAAAAAAGGACCAAUAAACAAUCGCAUCGCUGGAGGAAAGUACACACAAAUAGAGGCAAUACCUUGGCAAGUCUCGUUGCAAAUACUAGGAUGGCAUCACUGUGGUGGCGUCAUUUACAGCAAAAAUAUCAUUAUAACAGCAGCGCACUGUGUUCACAAUAACGAUUCCAAGCUUCUUGAUUCCGAGUUUUUUGAUGUGCGCGUUGGCAGUAGUACAUCUAAAAAUGGUGGAUCGGUAAUUAAAGUUGCCAAGAUUACCGUGCAUGAUCGUUAUGUAAAUAUAAAUAACCAAAAAACGGAAUAUGACAUCGCCCUGCUUUUGUUAAGUUCGCCCCUCGAAAUGGGUCCUGCUGUCAAGGCCAUUCCACUGGCAGACUCAGUUCCUAAUGACGGUGCUGCUGUGCUUGUAUCUGGAUGGGGACGAACAGAGACCGAACCCGUUGCAAGAUAUCUAAAAAGUGUCUAUGUGAACAUUGUAAAUCGCGAGCAGUGCGACAGGGUGGUGCUUAUAAAAGCAACAAUAUGUACUGCUUCCCCUUGGAAAGGUGCGUGCGCUAAAGAUUCUGGUGGCCCAUUGACUUACAAUGGUACACUUGUGGGCAUUGCGGUUUUGGCGUCUAAAAUUUGCGGUGAUAACACUCUUCCCAAUGUCUAUACAGAUGUUGUAGAGCUUCGCAAGUGGAUCGAAGAGGAAGCCAAAAAACUAAGCUAACUAAGACAUUAAUGAAUUAAAUUGCAAAAAUAAACGUAAAAAUGAACAUUAAA